UUCCUCCGUCCCGAGUCUGAUCACUGUGAUGGCUGAUGAGCAGCAGCCCCCGGGACAGCACCCUCAGCCCGGGUCUCUGCUUCCCACAGGACUGCAAGGAACCGAAAGCAGUGCAUUACAGCUGAAAAUAAAGAACUCUAUCUGCAAAUCAGUCCAAUCGAAGGUGGACAGCAUUCUGCAAGAUGUGGAGAGGUUUACAGACAUUGAGAAACUUUACCUGUACCUCCGGCUGCCCUCGGGCCCCAGCAGCAGCUGCAGCAGCGACAAAAUCGAGCAAAGCUGCGUGUCUUCGAGCCGUAUGCAGCAGAUGCACGCGUUCAGCUGGAUUCGGAAUCACCUGGAGGAGCACGCAGACACCUCGCUUCCCAAACAGGAAGUUUUCGAUGAGUACAAGAGCUACUGUGACAAUCUGGGCUACCACGCUCUCAGUGCCGCCGACUUCGGAAAGAUCAUGAAGAACGUUUUUCCCAACAUGAAGGCGCGCCGGCUCGGCAUGAGGGGCAAAUCCAAGUAUUGCUAUAGUGGCCUGAGAAAGAAGCCGUUCAUUCACAUGCCAUCUCUCCCAAAUCUGGAUGUACACAAAGCAGGAGAUGGGUGUGAAGGGUUUGAACCUACUGGGCAGAACUCCAGCGGGGAGGAUGAGAUUCGCUCUGCUGCCUGUGAUCUGGUGUGCGAGUGGGCUCAGAAAGUGCUGAGUCGGCAGUUUGUUAGUGUGGAGGACCUGGCACGCUUCCUUCUGAACAGCCACUACAUAAGCACCAAGUCUGUUGCUGCUCUCACCGUGAUGACAGGAUCUCCUUCAGGAGCCCCAAUGUCUGUUCAGUCGUCUGCGUUCAUGCCCACAACUGAUGCCCACUCAUUCCAGCCUCAGGUCAAAACACUGACAUCCCCUUCCAUUGAUGCCAAGCAGCAGCUCCAGAGAAAGAUCCAGAAGAAGCAGCAGGAACAGAAACUUCACUCCCCACUUCCUACUGAAGCUCAGGGCAGGAGGGCAGAAGGGGUCACUACUCCAUGUGCAAGCACAGGAAUCCCAUGUGGAAGCCCUGCUCUACUUUCACCACAGCCCACCAUCGGCAUCGUGGUAGCCACAGUUUCUAGCCCAGUUACGGUUCAAAGAAGCAGGCAGUUGAUGUCUCCCAGCCCAGUUCCUGUGGCAACAGUGGAAAGCAAGGUGCUCCCUGUCAAUUUUCAGGUGGUUACACAAUCAGUUCAGCCUGUGAACCGAUGUCCAAAGACUCCUCAGAAUGUCCCUGCAAGUCCUGUUGGUGAUCGUACCGCUCGCCAUCGCUACGCCCAAAUCCUGCCUAAACCGGCUACAACUAGCACAAUCACGCUACGUUCACCUCCUGCGCUCCUUAUCACCAAAAGUUCCAUCAAAACUGUCAUGCCGACACCCAAGAACAGCUCUGUCAACUUUAUGAAAAUGACAGCCAUAUCUCUGGGGCCCAGCAACAGCACCACCAGCACUGCUGCCACCACAGCUAGGCCUGCGUCUGCAGGAAUCACCAGCCGUAGUGAUGAUCUCCAGCCUGUUACACGUGUCCGUAGUGGCUCAAUUGCUGCAAUGCCAUUGACACUAUCAAAGCCAGGACAAACAACCACAAAACCAGCGGUCAACAUCAAGUUGGAUGUUGUUGAUGCUGUAGUGCGAGCAAGAGAAGCUCAGAGUGGGACAACUGGUGGGCGUAUGCAAGUAGAAGGAGUAUUCAAACCCAGAGCUGCAAGUGUUCCUACACCUCUAGCUAAAAUCUCUGCGGAAUUGGACAGGCAAUCGGGGAACAAAUUUAAUGGUCAGAUGCUCCCUAAUGAAAGCAAUUUGGCUGCUGGCAGCAAUAAUAAUCCCAUUGAAAGCACUUUGUAUCAGGACAUAGCCAAUCAGAGUACCAGUAGUGCUCCAACAACAAGUAAUAACACAUUUAUGACACCACCCAAGGAUGCAGAGUUGGCAUCUCCAAGCCCUCGCAAAAGGCAAGGCUUACACCCAGAUUCCAGCCUGACACCUGUCAAAAAAAUUUACAUUUCUGAGGGAAGUGAAGACGCAAAAUUGGCUAGGAAAAUUGCAGUGAAGAAUGUUUCCAGAUCAGACACUCCUGAAGAAAGUGAACUUUCUUCAGCUGCUGGAAAAGUUAUGAUGAAGCUUACCUCCAGUGCUCCUACUCGUAUCCUUACAUUCUCUGAUAGUCCAGUUGGAAAUACUGGCUUCCAGACUGUCUGCAGUUCUCAAAACAUCUUGCAGGGACAAUGGGAAGGGUCCUCCUCUAAUGUAAAAAAUAUCACUGCUGGUACCACAGCUGUGAGUGCUCCUUGCCAGGAUUAUCAGGUCAGGAAUACAAGCUUUCAGACCUUUAACAGACCACAGAGUGUUUCCCAAGGACUCUGGGAAGGGUCUUCAUCCAAUACGAACAGCAAGCCAAUAGUUACUCGCACUGUUAGCACCCCAGGUCAGGCGUUGAUACAGCAGCAUGCAAACAAAAAUACCCAAGCCAUGCAAGUAGGUAUGGAGCAGUCUAGCUCCUCUGCAGUAUGUGAACUGAAUGCUGUGCUUUGGAAUAACGAGCAACAAGAUGGCAAUCAGCAACAAAUUUAUUCUCACCAGGGGACAGUAAAAAACAAGCAAAUGUCCACUUCUGUUAUGGAGCCUCCUGUGAUGACUCGACCUAUUGCCACAGGCCAGCUGGUGCAGAUGACUACUGAUAUGGUGGAACAUGUCUCAUCUCAGCCCCAUGUGGGUUACUUCCCAUUUAAUGAUGAUGAUAUGACUCAGGACAGUAUAGUAGAGGAGCUAGUUCAGAUGGAGGAGCAGAUGAAGAUGAAUAGUUCCAUGCCAAACUUUGAUGGCUGUGAGGACAUGCCACUGCAAUGUCAACAGGCUGCCUUGCAGAACAGCAUGAUAUCCAGUCACCAGGCCAGCACUUCUUGCUACAACUUGGCCAACACUAGUAGCACACCUAUACACACCCCCACCCACAGCGCAGAGAUGAUAGGAAUGGGGCAGGGAUUGACCCGUGAGAGCCCCUGCUCACAUUUUGCCCCCACCACCCCCGUGGACAGUGCUCUGGGAAGCAGCUGUCAAACCCCAAUUGGAACACCACACUCAAACUGCAGUAGUGGCAUUCCGCCCAGUCCUGUUGAGUGUAGGAACCCAUUUGCCUUUACUCCUAUCAACUCCAACAUCACAAGUUACCGUGACGGCAGCACUAUCUCGUCAAGCCCGGUCAAGCCCAUGCAAAGACCAAUGGCCACCCACCCAGAUAAAGCUAAGCUGGACUGGAUGAAUAAUAACUACAAUAGCACUAGUAGUAAUUCCAACAGUGGAAUUAGUAUUCUGCCCAACUAUCAGAAUCUGGUGGAUAACCAGUUCAGGAAACCUCAUGCUUUUGCCAUUCCUGGCCAGACAUAUCCAUCACCAGUCAGGCACCAUGACAUGCACAUAAGUCGCUUGACACCUAUUUCACCAGUCCAGCAGCAGGUGGCUAGCAUGGCAAACCUUAAUAAACAGGAAGGAUUUGCUGUUCCAGCCCCACUUGAUAACAAAACCAGCAGUUCCUCCUCUGGAUCAUUCCGCUGCCGCAGUGUCAGUCCAGCAGUCAGGCAGCGCAACCUGAGUGGAACCCCAAAUCCCAAUGUCCGCCGUUAUGUGGCCUCUCCUUUUAAUUCACCAGUGACACCGGAAGUGUUGAACAUCUUUGCUAAUAGUAAAGCAAAUACUAGCAUUAGUAGUAUGGUGCAGAGGAGUCAGUCUGUGCCGGUUAACGUGAUGAUGCAGACAGAGGUUUUGCCCAUGCAAGCUGGUGGGCAGAAAAGCAACACUAAAAACAUUACCAAUGUCCUGCUCAACAAGAUGGAUGGUGAUGGAGAAAAUGUGCUACGUGGACUUGGCAUGAACAAUAUGCCAUCCAGUUACACUGCUCGCAUGAACCUCUCGCAAAUCCUGGAAACAACCGCUGCUUCUAGUUUCCAUGCCAGUGCCAAUCACCAGGCUAUGAUUUCGCCUGGCUCCUCAGCUUACAGAUUUACAAAGCCUGCUUACCUCAUGAAGAACAAUGGAGGGGAUCAAAUAAGCUUCUCUGCAAGAGAGGCCCCAAGGCAGUCAGUCUCAAAAGAGAACAAGCAGCUAUCUGAAGAGCAGCAGAAUCAGGCCUUGAUGGUUCAACCACAGCAAGACCUCCAGCAACAUCAGCACCAGCAGUCUUUCCUUUUCAAUACCACUGAUAAAGACCUGUUAGAUGAAGACAGCUUGAACGCCAUCUCACAGCUUCCAGGCCAGGCGACCGAAUUUGGCACUGGAGGUUCAGAGUUUCCUGGUGAUAUGCAACUGACCUCUGAACUGUCCAGUAGCAUGAAUGAUUUAAACUCUUUAGAUGCAAACCUUCUCUUUGAUCCAGCAGCAGGUCAGCAGCAAGUGCAGUAUGAAGAACCAACACUGGAGGAACUGAAGAAUGACCCGAUUUUCCAACAGAUUUGCAACGAGACUGUGAAUUCUGCUGGAUUUGAUUGGUUGGAGAGCAAGGACCAGACAACAGUGGAAAUGUUGGGUUAAUUUCUAGCUUGCGUUGUUUUGAUAAUUAACGGCUUUCAUCUAUAUAUGUGGUUUUUAGCGGAAGUUCUCUAAGUGUUUACACAAAGCAAAUUGCUGGGCUCAGUUCCUGGGUUGAACAGAAAUUAUCCCUUUUUUUCCUCAGAAUGCUGGUUCUUUUUUUUUCCUCCAAAAUUGUUAUGUGCGCCUCUGUUUUUUUUUUUUUUUGUGGUGCUGUCACGUUCGAUUUCUCUCCACACACGUUCAAAUGCUGGAAAGAGAAAUGAAAUUUAACCAGGGUUCGAGUGUCUCGAAGAAAUUAGUUUGUACAGCUUCCAAGAAAUUCUGUGAAAUUACAAAUUGAUCAUUUUACAGUUUACCAAAAAGCAAGGGAUAUUUCUGCACACCUUGCAGGCAAGGUAUCUUUGUGUAAAUAAAAUUAAAAUAGAUUUUUUUUUUUUUUUAAUGUUUACUUCUUAAUGCAUAACGAACUUCAAUUAAGACUUCAGGCUGUCUGAUAUACUGUGAUUCAUUCAGUCAUUUAUGUCCAAUAGGUGCUUCCAGGUGCAUAAAUUGAUAACACGAUAGUAAUAAAUAAAUAUAUGUAUUACCUAAAAGGGUGGGAAUAUAACAAAUCAGAACGCUAUACCUGCUGUCUUUUUAUAUAUUGUAAUUAUAUUGUAAAGCUAUAUAUAAUAUAUAAUAAUAUAUAUAUAUAUAAUAUGGCAAUUGGCACUUACACAACAUACAGUGCAAAAUUUUAAUGACUUUUAAAGUCCAAAGAUGAACAGUAUUGGUUUUGUAAUAAUAAUUGGCUUGCUAGUCAUUGUAAAUGAAUUAUUUCUUUGAAUUCAUAUAUAUUACUUUCAAUUUUCCCUAAUU